CCGAUUCUCUCUUUCUCUCGCUCGCUUUCUAUGGCUGAUUACAAGGAGCCGCUUCUUCCUCAGGUGACGGAGGGCCAAUAUGACCAUGGCGACCAACUUCUUAUUCCAAGGAACGGCGCCACAACUUCUUCCUUUGUCGGCGGCGCAGGUGACAUUCCCCCGAUCAGAAGCAUCCGGGAUUUCUGCAGAGAGUUCGUCGCCGAAUCCGCCAAGCUCUGGUUCCUGACGGGCCCCGCCAUCUUUACCUCCAUCUGUCAGUACUCCCUCGGCGCAGUCACGCAAGUCUUCGCCGGCCACGUCGGCACCCUCGAGCUCGCCGCCGUCUCCAUUGAAAACUCUGUCAUCGCCGGCUUCUCCUUAGGCACCAUGCUGGGCAUGGGAAGCGCCUUGGAGACACUAUGCGGGCAAGCCUACGGGGCAGGACAGCUGGACAUGUUAGGAGUGUACAUGCAGCGGUCGUGGGUCAUCCUCCUUGCCACGUCAUUACUCCUCAGCCUGAUGUACAUCUUUGCCGCCCCGUUCCUCCUCCUCAUCGGCCAGACCGCGUCCAUCUCACGUGCCGCAGGAGUGUUCGCCAUAUGGAUGCUCCCGCAGCUCUUCGCCUACGCGAUGAACUUCCCGAUGGCCAAGUUCCUGCAGGCGCAGAGCAAGAUGGCGGUUAGGGCCGGGAUCGGCGGUGCCGCGCUGGCAUUUCACGCCGCCUUCAGCUGGCUGCUGGUGCUGAAGCUGGGGUGGGGGCUGGGCGGUGCGGCGGUGGUGCUGAACGCGUCGUGGUGGUUCAUCGUUGCGUCGCAGUUGGUGUACAUCGUGGGCGGGAGGUGCGGGAGGGCUUGGAGUGGGUUCACGUGGCAGGCGUUCCACAAUCUGUGGGGCUUCGUUAGAUUGUCGCUUGCGUCGGCGGUCAUGGUUUGCUUGGAGAUCUGGUACUUCAUGGUAUUGAUACUGUUUGCUGGAUACCUCAAGGAUGCUGAAGUUGCUGUGGCUGCGUUGUCCAUCUGGUAUGUACCUCCAAAGAUUCAUUUUAAUUGUUUAAUAUUAGAAAGGGACUGGAACUGGACUGAUUAUAGAUUAGGGUUAGCGAUCGAUAAUGACAAAUGA